AUGGUAGGGGACUGCUGCUCGACGAGCGAGGAUUCAGGGGGGAGAUCGUCGCCAAGCGAGGGAAAGUUGGAAGGCGGUGGGGAAGCGAUCGGAGGAGCGGCGGCGGCGGCUGCGGCGGCGGCGGCGGCAGGAGGAGGAGGGAGGCAGUACAGAGGGGUGAGAAUGAGGAAGUGGGGGAAGUGGGUGGCAGAGAUCAGGGAGCCGAACAAGAGGUCGAGGAUCUGGCUUGGGUCCUACUCCACCGCCGUCGCCGCAGCGCACGCCUACGACAUCGCGGUCUACCACCUCCGGGGGAGAUCCGCCAGGCUGAACUUCCCGAAUGAGCUCCCGGUGGAGGGGGAGGAGGGAGGAGGCGCCGGGGGCCAAAGGCACGGCGGCGGAGGAGGGGAGUCGGAGGCGCUCUCCGCCGCCGUGAUCCGGAAGAAGGCGACGGAGGUUGGGGCCAGGGUGGACGCGAUGCACGCCGGAACCCUAGGGCGGCGCCACCACCACGUCUACAAUCGGCCGCGGCGGAACCAGCCGCAGGCGGAGGCGGCGGAGGAGGAUCGGGAGAGGAGGCCGAUGAAUCCGGACCUCAACCGGCGCCCGAGCCCUGAGAGCUCCGACAAUGAGUUCUGA